AUGCCAGAGGUUCCUCUGGCAUGGGUCAUCGAGUGGAUUACGAGCAUCUUAGCCACUCGUAUGAGAGACGCGUCUGACAUUGCCGACUUCGCGGGUAAGUCUAGGGCCAGAGCAUCUGCCGUGUGCCAGAGGAUCCUCUGGCAUCGGACGUCGUCUUCGUGGAUUUCGAGCGGCGUAGCUGCUCGCAUACGCUGCCCUUCGCAAACGAACGCCCGACACCGUCUUCCAUCGUGCCAGCUCUGGUUCUAUGCUCCGGAAGAAAGCUGCGCCGUUUAUUGGUGCCUGCAAUUCCUUCGGUCUCUUUCCCCAACGCUGUAUACCAUUUACACCACACCUGUCAAAGUUCGUCAACGUCUUCAUCACUCCAGACAUCGUAUUGAACACAUUGUCGGACUUUGGAUGGAGAUGGGCAGUGUGCCACCCCACCGAUGUUGUUCCCCGUCUUUCCACAACCACGACCGCUCUCCUCACCGAAAGAUGGAGCAGCUCCAACUAAAGUGUUUCUAUCCAGCUCAAAAGCCUCGUACAGUUGUUAUUCCUAACUGCAAAGAUGCAUGCGUUGCACAGCUGUUGGAGGAAAUCCACGGGAAGCUCAAACAGCGGAUCCCCGAAUUCAAGGUGGCCAUGGACGACCUCUCCCUCUACAAGGCGGAUCUCCCAUCGAACCCCUAUGAAGACCUGGAUGGCCGUGCACGCCAAUGGAUCCUUGAUCAUCAGAGCGACGAACUCCAUCCCCAGAUGGACAUUAACGAGCUCUUCCAGAGUCCGCCAUCUCAAGGCAUAACUCAUAUCUUGGUCGCCGAUCCCGAACUCCGGCAUGAGCUCGCCAUGCAACCUCAUACCUCGCCCGUAGGCGAAGCCUAUGAGCCAUUCGUCCUAAACAUGUCUAAACGAGGCGCUUUCCGCACAGUGGAUGUCGGCAAUAAUGGCGUUCGCGAGGAGGCCAACGCCAACCUCGGUGCAACAAUUCUAGAGGCGUUGGGCAUGCUCCAAACCAACCGUUGCCUCACGGCGGAUGAUAUAACUGGCGCGGUCGAACAAUUCCUGGACAACAUGCAAACGAUGUGGCCCCACCUUUCUCGGGCACGCACCACCCAGCAACCCAGCAGAGAAACAGCCAUCUCGUCAGUUGCCGCUUUGAACGAUGCCUUCUCGGGCCUUCAUGAACCCAACAUCCCAGUCCCCAAUGAAAGCACCCGCAUCCAGUUUCGCCCUCGAUAUAUCGUCGCACCUGUCUCGGAUUCUCUCACGGACCGGUGCCGUCCCACAGAGAUCGGUCAUCUUAUGCAGGUGAUGUUCGCCCAGUUCGACAAGGUGCUGGGUGGAGGCGACAAGGAAACCUAUCGCGAAAUCUCCGCCAAUGCCUCCGUCUUCGGCGCUUUUGGGCACGGCUUGAUCAAGCGCGAUGACUUCAGGUGUGGAUAUGCUUACGACCCUUGGCCGUUCAAGCUUCUCACCAAAGUCCGAAAUGAACACUACUCCUACCGCCCGAGGAGCGAUUUUUACUUCGCAUACGCCAAUUUACCCAGGUUCCUUGCGGAAGUCCAGUCAGAAGAGGACAAAAGCGACCGUAUCCGCAUGUUCCUUCAAGCAGCGGUCGUCGUGAGGUUUGCAAACAGCCGUUUGGAGCAGUACAAGGAGAAAAGGGACUUCUUUGUCGUGACAGCCUAUAUCGACAAAAAAGGAAGUCUGGAACGAAGGGUUUUCUAUCAGGAUCCGAAAAGUUCAAACACUGAGAAUACGGUCAAAUACACGCGCCGUCUCUGGUAUCAUCUCACCAAGAAGGAAGACAUCUUGUCAUUUCUCUGCGAGCUGUACAACCUGGCAUCGUGGGCAGAGUCGCCAGCGGAUGCUAACAGCAUAGAGAAUGAGGUGCAAGGGCUGAAAGAAGCGUUCGACGACGCCGCAGACGAUCCGAACAUCGAGGCAUGGACGGCCAAAAAAACCCGUACCCGUAAGGAGCCGGACGGUGGAUUCCAAGAGGGAGAUCGACCCAACCAGCGACCGAGAGGCGGAAACCGUGAGGAUGAAGGCGGGCCUGUUGAGCAGCUAGAGGCGUUGGGAUACCGGGUUGAAGCCUCUGUCUUCAAGGGUGAGGGCGGAGAAACGUGGACAAAGAUAAGCUCACCGCUGCCACCUACAAUCAUGACCGUGUAUAGAAGGUCGGACGUUGGAAGCACGAGGCCUUUAAUCGCCAAACAAGUUCGCAAGCCAUCGCAGGAGCUUGAGAUUCUACAGCGCCUCCGAGCCCAGAGCUCACCAUCCCAGUACAUCGUCGCCCUCUUCCACCAUGCCGCUAUUGGCGAUACGACGUACCUUAUCUUCCCGAGACUGGACCCUAUCAGCGAAGAAUCUCUGUGCGACGGCAGGAUCCAGCAGCCCUGCCAGAGCCUAGUUGCAGGCGUUGGGUACCUCCACAAGCACGGAGUUGCCCAUCUCGAUCUGAAACCCGACAACCUCCUCUACGACGCCCGCACUAGGGAGCUGAAGAUCAUCGACUUCGACAUCGCCGUGCUAGUUGAGGACGAGGAGCAGGAGGUCGAAGGGUACCGCGGUACAAAAGGUUGGACAGCGCCCGAGGUUCGUGAUGGACAGAGGUAUAGUGCGAUCCGGGCUGAUCGGUGGGCCUGCGGUCGCAUUCUCAAGUGGUUUCUUCGGUAUACAGGCAGCGGAACUGCCCUCUGGAAUCUUGCGCGUCAGCUGCUGGCGGAAAGCCCCCGCGAUCGACCGUCGCUCAUCGGGUGGUGUCAGGCUGAUUCUGGAGUGCUGGGCAAGACACCGAGAUGCGCCGGCUUCGACAACGGUCCGUUGCCCCCUUUGAAAAAAGUGUGUGUCAGAUGA